AUGGAGGUUGAAACAAAGAUGAAAGUGCGCGGCCACCUUCAACGCUCCGAUGCUCAACUCUUGAGCUCUUCGAAGCCUUCGACCAUGAACCCUCACAUCUCUGUCCCUCGUCAACAUGCCGGCUCCUCAACCUUUGGCUCAACCCCUGCAACCCGGGGGUCGAGUGUACGGAUGCCACGCUUCUUCAAAAGGUUGUUCAAAUUCCCCCAGAUGGACUUCGAGAUGGCUGUCUGGGAGAUGACCUCAUUGUUGAUCGCCCCCAAGAAAGUUUUCAAGUCCAUAUAUUAUCAUAAACAAACAAAAAACACAUGGCACCGGCCAGAUCCAUCAUUCACCUACCUUCUCUCCUUCUUCUUGAUCCUUACAGCCUUCGCAUGGGGUCUUGCUUAUACGCCGAGCUUCGGUGCCAUCCUCCGCUUGACGAUCCUCUUCGUAUUUGUACAUUUCAUCGGCUCGUCGCUCUUGAUCUCCACCAUUGGAUACUUCAUCAUUGGGAAGCUCUUUGGCCCUGAUGGGGCCGCUGCCUCACUGGCUGGUCUGCGGGGGUCGCGUGGCCGCAGACGAGGCGCCGCCCAAGGCCUGUUCAUGCAGCCAGGAGAGAAGGAGCAGUUGGAGUUUGGAUAUUGCUUUGAUGUGUCUAACCGGGCCUUCUUCCCCCUCUACCUUCACCUCUACGUGGUGCAGUUCCUUUUGCUUCCUCUUCUCACCCGCAGUCCGAGUAAUUUCCUGGCGACCUUCCUCGGCAAUUCGCUCUAUCUCUCCGCCCUCAUUUACUAUACCUACAUCACUUUCCUGGGCUACAAUGCCCUCCCUUUCCUGCACAACACCGAGCUCCUGCUUGUGCCCAUCGUCAUCUUCGCUAUUCUGUGGCUCAUCAGUUUGAUCGCUGGCUGGGGAAUUGUCAUGCAAGGCCGCAGCGUGGAAGGAUUGCUGUUAGGCGUGUGA